AAUAACUAAUUUCAACAUUGUUUUACUAAUUUCUAUUUGGGAGGCAAUAUGGUUAAGAACCCUAACAUUAUAAAAUCCCACAUCCAUGGACGACUAUAACCUUGUACUUUCCUUCUAUUGACAACUGAUUUGAUCGACCUCCAACUCUGAUGUAAAAGAGAAUCAGAGGAAUCUCGAAGAGCCAUGCUAUUACUCGCUAUUUACAAUAAUAAUCUCUCCAUCAAGGAAAUUAACCUUUUUUUACUUCACAGCUGAUACAUAUAUUUUAUUCAUAGGAUAAUUAUACUAUUUGAGCACACUCCACUCUUGAUCCUUGUCUCCAACUACUACUCCUUUAGAUCAAAUAUUCCUCUGAAUAGGCUGCACUCCACUUUUUAGUCGAGGCUUGUGAUAAAUUCUAGCAUAUUAACUCCUUCAUGGCUUCAUGUCGUAACACUUAUCAUUUUUUGAUCAAUGAAAAACUUCAUUCAUUCAUCAAGUCAGCGUUUAUAUUACAUCAAUAUACUCAAAAGUUUGAGAAAUUAAAAAAUACAAAGAGCUUAAUAGCUCAAUCUAGAGGGUGAAAUUUUACCAACAAUGCAUCCAUAGAUCAUAUUCAGCUAGGAUAUGUUUGUUUAGAACAGUAAUAAGCACAAACUACUUUAUUUCUAAAGAUGAGGGAAGAACAAUCAAAUGUAAUAUAGUCACUUGUUUAUGAGGAGAACACCAUGGUAUUUAAUUGGCAACACACCUUCAGAUAAUUCCAAUUUAGAGAAAAUAGUGUUCCUUUAAUUUUUGGAUCUGAGAGAUUUCGCUUUUUAGGAGGCGUUAGGCUUGACUUUUCCUUUAAUUUUUUAGUUUGUUUACUACUAUGUUGGUUAUCGGUUUAAAAUUAUGGAAUUUGUGUUAAUCUUUUUCUUUAGAAUCUAAUAUGUUUUUAAAAUAAAAUGAAUUGAUGUAAGACUUUAAUUUCGGCAUCUGCGUAUUAACUGCUAAGACAUCCUUUUCUCUUAUUUGGGGACGAUGAAGCUUGACGAACUAUUAUUUAUAUGUCAAUUUGUAAUGAAUAUUAUUUGAAUUUUCUUUUGUUUUGUUAAUUGUUCUUCUGGACAUAAGCAACAAAUAGCUUUCAAAUCAUGAUGUGGCACAAGUUUUAUACUUUUUGAUCUCUUGAACUAUGUGAAUAGUUGAUUUGCAUAGUUUCUUCUGCUUGCUCAGUGCUGAAACUUGGAGGGUAACUUUCAUUCUUCUGAUGUGUUAGAUAUAAUUUAAUUCGCAAAUAAUUUAACGUUACUUCUUGUUUCACAUCAAUGUCUAAUUUUUAUAGGCUAAUCUAUUCUGAUGAUUCAUGUUAAUGUAAACUUUCAGAUAUGCAUUACGUGGAGUACUUCAGCUAGCUUAGAGCAAGUUCUGCCCUGGAUGUUUUACCACAAGGUUCUUAGAGUGAUAAACUUCUUUCUGUUUGUAGAAGGAAAGGCUGCAAAACCCGAUCUUUCAACAGUUCUAGAAUCUAUUCCUGGGGUAAAAGUGAUCUACAAAACUAGAGAAGUCGAGGAUAAACAGGCUAAGAGUCGUAUUUGGAACGAGACGUGGCUAGCAUGCUUCUUUUACAAACCUUGCAACUAUGAGUUAUUUGUAAAACAAUCACUCAACAUGGAGAUGGCUAUUGUUAUGGCACGGAAUGCUGGCAUGGAUUGGAUCAUUCAUCUAGAUACUGAUGAAUUGAUGCAUCUAGUUGGGGCUCUAGAAUAUUCUUUGAGGUUGCUUGCAGAUGUACCUAGCAAUGUUGACAUGGUUAUCUUUCCAAACUAUGAAAGUAGCAUUGAGCGAGAUGACGUAAUAGAUCCUUUCAGUGAGGUAAGACUUCAGGCACUUGAGCUUCAUAUGGAAUUGAAACAUAUUGUAUCCCCAAAUGUCUUGUUCCCAUACUGAUUCUACUGUUGGAAUAAAAUCAGGAUGUUUAGUCCACAUGUUGAAGAAUUUGAAAGGCCUUUUGCCUUCAAAAUCGUCUUCACUGAUUGUUAUAAGGGCAGGAGAAUGAUCAAAACAGUUUGGCAUAAGGAAUUCAACCUGACUUGAUGCGUAAUUGUGGAUCCAUUCUUCAUUCACCAAAACUCUAUCUAAUCUGGACCAUAUCUUAGUUUCA